GACCUAUUCUGACAUCCAACCUUGACGGUUAUUUGAAAUUUCGGGGAAUGAGUCUUUGGGUUGACAAAUAUACUCCUACUUCAUUGGGGAAGUUAGAUUACCACAAAAGACAAGCCAAAAAUUUGAAAAAAUUAGUUGAUAGCAACAAUUUUCCUCACUUGCUAGUGUAUGGACCUUCUGGUGCAGGGAAGCGAACUAGAAUCAUGUGUAUUCUUCGUGAGCUGUAUGGAUCAGGCGUUGAUCGACUAAGAAUGGAACACCAUACCUUCACAAAUCCUUCAAACAAGAAAGUCAACUUAUCCACAGUUUCGAGUAACUUUCAUUUGGAAGUAAAUCCUAGUGAUGUUGGAAUUUACGACCGAAUCGUCAUUCAAGAGUUAAUCAAAAGUAUGGCAUCAACAGCUCAGCUUGACAGUGGGCAACAGAAAGAUUUCAAAGUAGUAGUUCUGCACGAAGCGGACCAUUUAACACGUGACGCACAACAUGCUUUGCGUAGAACUAUGGAAAAGUACAUAUCCACUUGCCGUCUAAUAUUGUCAGCGGAAUCUACCAGUAAGAUCAUUUCCGCUACUCGUUCAAGAUGUCUACCAAUAAGAGUUUCUGCCCCAUCUAUCGAUGAAAUUGUUGAAAUCUUGAAAAAUACCGCUCGCCGAGAAGGCCAUUCAAUGCCAGUUGAACUAGCUAAACGUAUCGCGUUAGCAUCCGAACGGAACCUACGUAGAGCUCUUUUGUAUGCUGAGGUAGCUAGAUGGCAGCAUUGCCCCAUGCUUCCAGACCAGAGUGUGCAGUUACCUGACUGGCAAGUUUUUCUUACUGAGACAGCAUCAGCUAUUUUGGUGGAACAAAGUCCGAAGAAAAUACUAGAAGUUCGCAAUCGUCUUUAUGAAUUAUUAUGUCAUUGUAUUCCGCCCAACAUUAUCAUGAGAGUAAGUUUUUGUUAAGAUUAAAUGAUUUAUUCCUGAAUUUGCUUAUGGAAUUAAACUUUCUUAUGACCCAAGUAUUUGAAAGUUAACCAAAACCAAAGAUGACUCGUAUUUUUGAAAGGGUUUUGGGACAAAUCUUAAAAUGCAAACAUAACAACUUGAUCCUACUAUACCCACGAUUGAAAGAAAAUUGAAGCAGACGUCAAACUGGACAUAGCAUCAGCUUGUUGAAGAUUAUCUGUAUGGAAAAUUUUAACUACUAAUGUGUUUAUGAGGAUAGAUAUUUUUGUGGAUCUGUUUGAGUCGGGAAAUACUACAACGCCAAAAUUACAAGUAGCAUUAAUGGCUACUGAAAAUUAUUUAAGUAGUAAAGUUUCAAAAGUAAACUUUAUGUGUUGUUAAAAAGAAGAAGAAGAAACAACAAAAUUAUCGAAUAUAUAUUCGAUAAUUUUGUUGUUUGAUUAUAUUUUCCUUGAAAAAACUUGGACCAGAUUGCCAGGCGAAACGUUGGAUUUACUUAAAAUUCAUUCGCUGAGAUUUUACAAAUAUAUUCUUCUUUUUAAUGUCUCAAAUGAACUCGGCGCCCAAAUAUUGUGAAACUAUUCGUUUAAAUUUAGACGAAAGUUCUUAUUUAUGUGUUGUGUUUGUCAAAAUGAACUCGUAUUGUUUGGGAUUUUAAUAUAUCCUGUGGGAAGUGUAGUUUGAAGGGUGUUGUUUUAAAACGUCGCUAUGAUCAGAUAUGAUGGAAUCGACCAACGGUUAUAUAUAUCAGGAAAUAUAAAUACGAAGUUUAUGAACUUGGGUAGUGGUGUUAUAAGGUAAUAAAUCUGGUAACUGGGUAUCAUUAACAGUAAAAUAAUAAUAUGUUCACUAUCUAUGUAAAGAGUAAACUGAACCAGAACUUUUACAUCACCCGAAUUAUCAGUCUUCAAUCAAUGGUUUUCACUGUUGCACAAGCUUCUACAAAAAUAGCUAUUGUUCUGUCCACAAAUAACUUCAAUAGUUAAAACCUUUAUGGAUUUGUUUUAUGUGAAGGCCUGAUUUUUUUUUCUAAGAAUGUCUCUUACUCAUGAAUGACUAGUUUACAGUGUAUUUUUCCGAAACACAUUGUUCAUGUGAGCUGCAUUAAUACCAUUUAGUUGCAUAAACCGAAGUGAGUGAAGUGGGUCUCGAACCUGCGAUCACUUAUUUGUAGAAAUCCGAGUGUUCUAACCACAAAACCACCUCUCACAAUUAAUUUUUGUAUUUUGAUACAACAUUACCUUGUUCAGUCAUUUGACAUGACAAAGAUGAGCAAUUUUUUCUGGUAUUACUGUUCUCUUUAUCCCAGUUUUGAUUGCUGAAAUGUUCCGUCAAACUCAAGUCAGUAUUUCUAGACACUUUCUAACAAACAGUUGAAGUUUUCUGAUAUUUUAUCUGGGACUCAGACCUAACUUCCCCUAUUUAUUUAGUUAAACUUCGAUAGAUUCCAUUUGAGAUUAAUAUUCAUGUUACUCAUGUACAUACUCAAUAUACCAAAGGUUAUACAUAAAUGAGGCUACUGGUAUCAGUUUAUUAUUUUGACAAACUCGUAUUUUACUUCGCUUUUGUAGUCAUAUGUUUAGCCGUGUAAUGAGCUGUUGAUAACACAUUUUAUAUGAAACUAACUAUCCCAAAAGACUACGUUUGGAGACGGACACAGUGAUUGUGGACCCGGAGUUUAUCGAUUGAAUCGAAUGGUUAAAGUUGUUAUCCAUUAAUUGAUGUUCUUAGAGAUAUUUUCCUACGAAUCGUUCAUUUAAGCUAUUUUGUCAAAUAAGUGGGUUAUUUCGUUUUAUUAUAUUCAUAUCUCGAUUCAUAUGUGCAUCGGUGAGUAAUGUGGUAGGCAUAUCAGUUAAUGAGCUGAUAAUUUUAUUUUUUUUGUGUCUCGUUAAGUCAGUAUAAUUAAAAUCCUUUAAGUAAAUUAAUCUUUAGGCAAUAUUGUUUUUUUUUAUCAAGAACAUAGGUUUUUGGUUAAAUAUUAUGAGCAUUUCAUUUAUACAUGUUUAUAUGUUAAUGACUUUCUAAUCUGAUUAGAUCAAAAGUAUUUUGGAGUAAUCAUAAAAAUGAAUGUGAGAAGUAUGCUAAAUAAAAUAAUGGAGAUCUUGAUGAUACUACUGAUAAUGAUAUCUAGUUUAUUUCUUACGAAUAUUUUUAAGGUUUACAUUCCUUUUCUUAAAUUACUAUUAUUAUUCAUUGAUGUCAAGGAAAAUGAAAAUGAGAUCGUUCUGUACUACGUGUAUGGGUAAGAAGUAAUUUGGGAAAGAAACAUAUUAGGAAUAAAAAUGUUAUAUUAGAGUGGUUUGAGCACUUAACUUCCAGCUAUCCGGUCGUUAGUUCAAGACGCGCUUUGCCCAUGUUGGUUUCAGCAACUGAAUAAUACUCUCACUCAAGACAGCUUAGAACAAUACACAAUGGUAAUCUUAUUUUUUAAAGUUAACUUCGUACGUUCGCUUCUAUGAGAAAAAGGUACUUCAUACAUUUUUAUUCUUUUAUUUAUUAGGGUCUGGUUGACAAUCUAUUAAAUUCAUGUGACCGUAAUUUAAAACUGGAAUUGGUUCAGUUGGGUGCGGAAUAUGAACAUCGAUUGAAUUUAGGCCAGAAACCAAUUUUUCAUUUGGAAGCCUUUGUAAUUGCAUUUAUGGCGAUCUACAAACGAUAUAUAGAAGAUGCUCUAGGCUCUGGGAUGGAAUGGUAGCAUUAACAUAAAACAAAUAUUAAAUUCUCAAGAUGUAUUAUGUAUAUUUAUUACGAGUUAUGUUGAUAAAUAAAAGUUUCUUUUGUAAAUAUUGUUUAUUUGAAUGACAGGUCAUUAUUUUACAUGGGUAUUUCGGUUUGUAUUAUUUAUUCUUUUAUUUGGGAAUAGAGAAAAUAACAUGUACUCAGUCGCAUUAAAGCUUAGUGGUAGAGGUGAGAACAAGUUCUUGUCAUAGUUGUUAACUAAUAUUGUGCUGGUUGAUUAAUUGUAUUGUAACUAUUCUAAAUGUUAUCAACGCAUUAAGAUAACGUUGCCUGCAAAAUUUCAUCUAUGAAACAGUUAAGACGUUUUGUGAUAUCAGAUGAACAUAAUCCUGUUUCUCGUUUAUAAUAAUCCAGUGCGGAGGUUGUAUUGCUAUCAAUGUAGAUAGCGUGCUUCCGUACAAAGCAUUAAAGAUAAUAUUAAGAAUUAUUUGUCGAGUUACAUUUCCAAAGAAAUUAUUUUAUGAUACAGUCGUAUUUAAUAGACUGAAGUUAGUCCUUAUAUCGAAAUAUAUAAUCUCUGACCCGAAGUAUUUUUGAUGUGGUUGUGUUGUAUGUGUAUUUAUUUUCAUAUUGCAAAGUACAUUUUUCAGGCCUAUAUUAUUGCUGUUAGUACAAUUUCUUUGACUAUGAGGAAGUGUUUGACAGCGUGGAUAGUAGAACCUUAUGGAACUUUCUUCGACACAAGUGUGCUUGAGAAGAUUGCGAACAUAAUAUGGAAUUCUUGUGAUGAACUACACUGCAAAGUCGUGAAUGUAAGACAGCAGUACAGGUGCAUUUCAAGUGAUGGACAAGCCUUCUUACUCUCACCCUUUCUCUUUAUUCUGGUGGUUGACUGGAUUACGAAAACUUCCAGAACUAAGAGGAAGCUUGGAAUGAAAUGAACAGCUUGAAUGAGUCUAGACGAUUUUGACUUCGCAGAUGACCUAACUCUUCUAUACCAUAAUCACCAACAAAUGCAGAUUAAGACAACCAAUGUAGCACCAGUAGGCCUCAACAUACACAAGGGAGUAACCAAGAUCUUCAAAUACAACACAGAGAGCACCAAACUAAUUACACUUGAUUGAGGAGCUCUGGAGGAGGUGGAAAAUCUCAUAUAUCUGGACAACAUCGAUGAACGUGGAAUAUCUGAUGCAGGUGUAAAGGCAAGGAUUGGCAAAGCAAGGACAGCAUUUGUACAAUUGAAGAAUAUAUGGAACUCAAAACAACUGUCAAACAACAUCAAAGUCAGAAUCUUCAAUAAGACAGUUAGUUUUACUGUACGUGGUCGAAACUCGAAGAACUACUACAACCAUCAUCAAAAUGUACAAGUAUUUACAAACGAUUGUCUGUGCAAGAUACUGAAUGUCCGUUGGCCAGAUACCAUCAGCAACUCAUCUAAUAUAAUUUAUUCUUACCAUUUAUUCCGGAUCACCUGGACCGGUGCAAUUUUUCAUAUAUUUUUGGUUCCUAUCUAUAAAAAGUUUGGUAAUUAUUAUCUUAGAUAAGAAAGUUGUAAGCUACUCGUCAAGAAUUUUUAUGGUUUGCUUCAACAGUGUGUUUGUAAUUUAUCAUUCAAUCAACAAGUUUCAAAUGUCAGUGAUUGAUAUUGGUCAUAGGUGUUCAAGCCUAACACACGUAUACAUUUUACCUCCCAGCUCGUGAUUAGCUGUAAAUAGCUUUAAGUUUAUAAUUAUUUAUCAAACCAAUAACUUUAGUCGUUGAAAUUAAAGAUUAAAUUUAGGAAAGUAGGGUUUGGCAAAAAGUGUACAAAAUACUUUUAUGUAUAAGAGUAUAGUUCCAACAUUUCAAUAAAUAAGUGGGGAUUACUUAUAAUGACAACAAUAGGUUACAUUAAUGAGUGAAGUCUUUAAAAGAAGACAAAAUAAGUUCACAAAACAAUAAUUAGUCAUCAACAAAUAAUUAUCACGCCAUGGAGGGGUUACUCUAUUUUCCUGUCUUUGGUUUACACGUUGUUUGUGUCACAAGGUAUUGAUGACAACGAACAAUCGCAAUAGAGACAAAUUCGAUAGUAUCAUUAUUGUAAAAGCUAUAUGUACAUCGAGUUUUUGCAUAAUGUCAUGUGUCUUCUUUCAAUAAUAUUUUCUAUUUGACGCAAAUGACUCAAAUACACAGAAGCCUCUCUUUUUGAUCUUUUUUAUACCUGAGUCUACCUUUUUAUUUAAAUUAGAAAACUCAACUGGAGGUAGGAUUAAGCCUUGUGACUUACUUAACUUGGAUUGUUUUAGUGGACAGAUCAGUUUAUUUAAAAGGAUAUUCCUUGAGAGUGCAUCGUUAAUAUGUUAGCUAGUUUUUGUCGGAACCUUUCUAUAAAAAAUUUCCAUUCGUAUACCAUCAUUUCAUGGGACUUAGAAUCUGUCAUUCGCGUUUGUGUAAUUAAUUAUAAUUAUAAAACUUGUCCAGCGUAGAUAAGUCCUGAACUGUUGCUCCUAAUUGUCGAUCAUACUUUUGCGUAACUGUUCGAAAUAUAAUUGUCAAGUAAUUUUCACUAAUAAUAAUAAGCUAAUGGUCAUUCUAGGCAAGGUGGAUGAUAAUUUAAUUUCAAGAAGUAUGACUGAUAAAUCUUCCGUAACAUCCCUGAGACUUAUGUACAUGUACUUGUUGCAAUGAUAAAAUAGUUUACUUCCUAAUUCUCGCGGAGGGCACAUGACUUGAAAGAACUACAAGCUUUCAUUAUUGGGACAAAAAGUGAUGUCAUAUACCCCUACUAACGUAUAUUAUCUACUUUUGUCAUUCACAAUCGAAUUCUAACGGUAUAGUAACUUGUUCAGUAAUUCAUUUUUUUUCACAGUUUCGUUUUAUGUUAUUGUUAUGACUACUAAAAUGAACUUGAAACAAGAAAAUUUUAUAUAUACACGAUGCAGAAACGAAGACAAAUACUGAUAGCAGAUAAAGACUUCAUACAAUUAUCAAAAAAUCUAAAACAAAUACUUAAUGAUUGAUCAAAGAAUACCAUGCAUAACUGAAAUGGUGGAAAUACAAUACACGGAAUUAAUACAAAGCAAAACUAUAUGUUAUAAUGAAUAAAUAUCUGUUGGGAUAUUCAGAAAAAUAUCCCAAAAAUUAUUCUGUUAAGUCUAACGCUAUCCUUGGACUUGAGAUGGUGUCAUUUCCUUACUGGUCAGUGUUUAUUUCACGUGUCAUUUUCCUACUGGUCAAUAUUGUACAAUGUUAUUUUCUAUUUUAAUGGUACGAUGUGGUCUGCUUGACUGGUAUAUAAACAGAGUAUGUUUGAAAUAUGAUGAUUCAUAUCUCAGAGGCUGAGACUUGUGUUCUGGACUCAAAUGGCUGGGCUAGACAGGGAGGCGGGACCAAUCAGAGCCCUAGGUCGUUCAUGCGUGUUUUCGCGUCUUUGGUUCGAUCGAUAAUUCGCUGUACUCUAAUCUGCAGCAUCACAGUUAUAGCAAUAUCACACUUAAGUAAAAUGGACGUUGAACAAAAACUAUUUCACACUGAAUUAAGAAAUGAACUUGCGUUUUCACCUCCUAACUCUUUAAAUGCUACAUCAUCAUUUCGAUGCUGUACACUAGAUAACUUAGAAGCGAAAUAGUGGUUAAACAAGAAAAUGAGUAAAAACAACUGAAAUAUACCAAACAGGAAGUUUUUCCUCUAUUAUUGUUUUCUAUUUUUUCCCCUACUCAUCAAACUAAAUUUUUGUUUACGUGAUUAAACACUCGUAUAGGAUUUUCACCGUAAAACACUAACAUAAAUACAUAUACAUACAUAUAAGUAUAUCACAAAAGUUGAUUACAAUUUCAUUACUAUGUACGUUUCAAUCAUAGGGAUGAACUAAUUUCAUCCUAUUUAUUUGUAUUUCAUUAUUACGUUUAUAUAAAUGCAUAUGUCUUGAAAAUAUGCGUGUUUCUAAGUCUAAGAAAUUCAUUAGGGUUUAUUUUCAUUUUAUAUUUGUCAAUAUGUAGUUAUUCUUAACAAUUUGAUUGUUUGCUUGUUCAACGCAUACAUACAUACACAUACAUAUUUGUUGUAGUAUGACAAGACAAACUCAAUGAAUUCUUUUUUCUUCUUUCAAGAAGAUUCCAUAUUCAGUAAUCAAAUAAUAACAGAAUGUCAAUUUUUUCUUUAAUACUUAUACUACUUAUAUACAUUUGAUUGCACAAGUAAGAGUUUUCUGGUUAAAGAAAUACUUAUUUCUUUCUGAUUUAUCAUCUUCAUCUUCCUUCUUUUUUGCUUCCAUCAUGAUGAUUAUAGUGAUGAUGAUGGUGAUGAUGAUGAUUGAGGUUAACUGACUUAUAUACUUUUUUUUCUACAUUAUUAUUUCAUUCAGAUUAUUUUUACUCUCCAAAAGAUUUUCUCUCUUAUUUUACUAUCAUGAUUAAAUUUGAUUGAACAUAUUAAGAUUUUUAUUCAACUAUGUAUAAAUAUAUGUAUGUAUCACUAGAGACUUACCAACAAUACUUUACAUCCAGAAUAAGAG